AUGGCGCCCGGCAAGACAGCGCCACGGCUCCUCCAGGACCUCUUCACAUACGACCCCCGCCAUGAAGAGCGCGCCGGCCGCAACCUGUUGACCAGCCCCCCGCCGCAGCACGAUGCAAAUGCUCCAGCCGUCGCCGCCGUGCCCUUUAGGAACUGCAGGCACAACUUCUUCACAAAGGACAAGCAGUCCAUCCCCGUCGAGCCAGGGCGCGAGCCAGACACCGACACCGUCUACAAGGUUGCCGCCUACUGCCAAAAGUGCCGUUGGCAUGUUGAUGUCGUUGCCGACCACCGCAACAAUGAUGGCAGGAGCAAGUGGUGCGGCAGAGGGAACACAGACUAUGCUUUGCACCACUUUCUCUACCAGGGCCAGGAGGGCUCCAACGGCAUCAACGGCCUCGAAGCUCAACUGCCGUCUCGCACCUACUCCUUCCGCUGCUCAGCACCUCAGUGCUCACUCCACGUCCGCAUCGGCUUGAGGCCACCAAUCUUUUCCGAACAUGACAUUGAGACUCUGACCAACCAGGCCAAACUGAGGAAGAGAUGGGAGGUUGCGCAGCACUUGGCGGGUGAUCGAGCCGACCCAGUCAUGGCCCGUAGAGUCGAUGCCCCCGACUACCUCAACACAUAUCUGCAAGACUCGCUCAACCCUUCAAAGGGCAAGGCGCGCAUUCCCCUGUUCAACAAGAAGUUUCUCAAAACCUUUGGCCGCGAUUGCGACUCUAUCCUGAGGCGUUUGGGGUUCGAGAAUCGGCAAGAAGAAGACGACGAGGGCACCUUGAUAGAAGCCUGGUACCUCCCCAGACCAGAGAACACUGCCCAUCCUCUCGAAUACACCCUGCGGACCAAGAUUGAAGAUGCUCGCUACGAGCUCAACACCAUAAUACUAAGCGUGCCAGAAAAUGAACGUGCAAACUGCAGACACCAACCCAUGCACCCCUUGCCCUCGCGGGACGAGCUCGAGAGAGUGCUGGCUUGUGCAGAUUAUGCAAAGGCAAAGGGCCGCGAAACCCGCAGCACAAGCCAUGAAGAGGAUCACCCCUAUUAUGCUAGCUUAGGCGCUUUGGCUGACUUUGACGACUCACUGAUUCUUUUUGCUUUCUCUCGUCAAGUUGCUGUAGACAUUGAUAACAAAGACUAUUAUUUUGAAUGCUUGCAGGAUCUCGCCGCAGGUCGCCAAAGUGAGACGCUUGGGGUUCAGGUAGCCCUGUUGGCCUCUCAAGGACUCAUUAGCAAGCGGGACGCCCAACGUGCAUAUCAGUACUUUGGCAUCAAUCCGGCGCAUGCGAGCGUCAUUGGGGACGAGCACAUUAUUGGUUCAUUCAAAUCUCGAUUAUCGGAUAUCAGCCCUCUGCAAGCCGAGGAAGCACGAAAGCAGUUGCGGGUUCUCGGAGAUGUGCGCGAUAGUGAGAGGAUAAGAGCAGAAGCAGCAGGGUCUAUUGAAACUUACGACCAAGCCAUGGCAUGGUUUGAGCUUGACCCUACCACAGCAGAUGACUUUGUUCAGACCAUGUACUCACUAAAGACUCAAGACAAUCCAGCAGAGGUGGAAACCGCACAAAAAGCACUACAGAUUAUAGCGGAUCAUCGACAAAGCGAAAGACUACAUCACUUCCUCAAGUUCGGCACCAUGUCCGAACCCGAAAUGGACCUAGGGGAUGCCUACGCUCACUUCCAAAUUUCUGAUCGAAGUGUUGCGCUCGAUCCAGCUGUGCUAGAUUCUCUGCUCAGCACCUACGAGCUUGGCACAAGUGAGAGGGCGAGAAUGGAGAAAGCGCAUGCACUCAUCCAGCAAGACCAGACUCAGAGAUUCGGCAACCGCCCUGCCAACGCUCCCAUGCCUGUAGUGCGGCGCAACAACUAUCCUCUCGAAUCAUGGCCCGUCGGUCUCCGCAACAUUGGCAACACAUGCUAUCUGAAUAGCGUACUUCAAUUCCUGUUCACCAUCAAACCCUUACGGGACCUUAUCCUCAACUGUGAGGAUCACCUACAAGAUCCCUCUCCGGAGGCUCUGAAAGACAAGAAGGUUGGACGUAUGGCAGUCACUCCGGAAAGGGUGUUGACUGCGCAGAAAUUCGUUCGUGAGUUACGGGCCUUCUUCGAGCGGAUGAUCAAGGCACCCACAGACACUGUGCAACCUGAAAUCGACCUAGCUUCACUUGCACUAUGCAAGUCAGACAUUUCCGAGGAAGCAGAGAUACAGGAUUCAGAUGUCGUUCCAGGCAUAGGUCUCGGUACCAUUGAUGGAGCAGUAGUCAGCGGCCCUAUGCUGCCACCCGCUGAGGGUCAGCUGAUUCCCGUCGAACUACCGGCCGGAUCCAUGGCCGACAAGAAAGAGACCAAUUCCACGGACACUGUUAUGGAUAACACCGAAACUCCGGUAAUCAAUCUCCUGGACUCGGAUAUGAAGGACGACGCCCCCAGCCAUGAGAAUGGCUCAACAAAAGAAGGUGGGAAUGAUGUUCCUGCACCGCCAACACGGCCACCUCCAGUCCCACCACGAGCAGAUCCUAAACCCGCUCCAAAACCUACUGUUCAGUCAAGCACGAAAAUCGGCAGAAUUGAGGAGAGUGCUCGACAGCAGGACGCAGCAGAGGUCAUGGCGAACAUCUUUGAUUUGAUAUCCUGUGCAAUCACCGGUGAUAGCGUAUUGCGAGAAGGCGAGCAAGGAGAUGCUAUCAAGAAGCUCUUCUUUGGCGACGUUACGACCGUCAUGGAAAAGCCAGACGGAGUUCAGAAAAACCAAGAGCUCCGAGACCAUUUCCUUGUUGCUACUGGUCGCCGUGACCGCUCACUCUAUGCUACUCUGGACGAGGAUUUCGGUCUCGGCGAAAUUGAAAGCGAUGGUGGUACGAGGUAUGAUUACGUUGAACAGGCCGCGCCCAUCCAGAUCAUCAACGUAAAGCGGUUGCAGUACGAAAAGGGCCAACCGGUGUACGACCACUCACAUAUUGGUCUUGAAAAGACCAUGUAUCUCGACCGUUACUUGGCAAGAACGCCAACGCUAGACGAGUCACAGUUGUUGGAACUCCGCAAAGCGCAAUGGGCAAAGCAGAAGCAGCUACGAGAGCUGGAUGCAAAGCGAACAAAACUGCAAACUAGUGGGAUCGAGGGCAUGAACCUACCGGAGUGCCUUGACGCUACUAGUGAUUUCAUCCAGAGCUUGUCUUCAGACAAUUCCGAAGACCAGGACCAGCUAGGUAGCCUGCUAACACCUCCCCCAGAGCUCUCGGACACUCUCCAUAAACGUGCCUCUGAUUACGCACUGGAACUUUCGGGUAUUGAUGAGCAGAGGACGACGCUGGAAUCGGAGAUCAACAACGUCUUUCGUGACUGCACCUCGGUCCCAUACCGACUACAUGCCGUGUUUGUACAUCGUGGCGAUGUCAAGGGCGGACAUUACUGGAUCUACAUUUACGAUUUUCAGAACAAGGAAUGGCGAAGCUACAAUGAUGAUCGAGUGGAAAAGGUUGAAGAUGAAAGUGCGGUCUUGGAGAAAGAAGAAGGCAAGAGGCCAAAGGUCAGUACUGGUGUAGUAUAUGUCCGGGCAGACCUGGCAGAACAGUACACCGAGGCUGUUUGUCGACAUCCUGAGCAACCCAAUGUGGAGAAAAAAGACAUUGAGAUGAAGGACGUGGCCGACGACGCGGAUGAUGAGUUGCCAGACUUGGAGCCUGUAGACGCGGCAAACGCGCCAGUCAUUGAGGGUGUGGAGAAGGUGUGA